UUGGGGGACUAAUGGUGAAUCUAACUCCUAUAAUUUGCUCUCUCUCUCUCUCUCUCUCAAAUCUGCUGCCGUCGUUUUAUUGUUCCCGCCCAAAAUGCGAGAAUAGGUCAUGUCUUUGAUUUGGGUUUUCCCGGAAUUGUUCAUCUUCCAUUUGCAUAAAUCGAUUAUGACAAGUGAGCAGGGGCGUAUGCAAGUGGUGUAUAGGUAUAUAUAGCCAUCAGGCCAUAGUAGCCCAAAGAGAAAAAAAGGAGAAUUAUCUGCAACCAGUUCCUCGGACGCGCAGCGGCACAUCGAGUCCCUCGAGUCGGGUUCUUCUUCCUGCAGUUCCUUUCAUUGCAGUCAUCUUCUCCGGCUUUCCCCAUCCAAGCUUGCUUUGUUUUCUGAUUUGCUCCAAACGGCAGAUUUGGGACACAGCAGGACAAGAAAGGUUUCAAAGUCUCAGGGCAGCAUUUUAUGUGGAGCAGAUUGUUGUGUUCUUGUUUAUGAUGUGAAUGUUCUAAGAUCAUUUGAAACACUUCAGAACUGGCAUCAAGAGUUUCUCAAAUAGGUAGGUCCAGCUGACACUGAGGCAUUUCCAUUUAUACUACUCGGCAACAAAAUUGAUAUAGAUGGUGGAAACAGCAGAGCAGUAUGUGCAUACAUAAAAUAUAUAGAGGCUGAGGCAUUUCAUCAUCGGUUUUAUGUCCCCCCUGUUAUAUGUUUUGAUUGAAAAAAAUAAUAAAGGCAUGAGGAUGAGCCUCCCAUUGGGUUCCAAACCUCAAAAAAAAAUAUAUAUAGAGAAAUUUUAAAAUUUUUGUGCACAUUAGCCUAGACGGGUUUCGGAUCCUGGAUCCACCACUGCAAGUGAGCUGUUGGUUGCUCCGGAAAGAUAGACUCUGGCUGUGGCUGGAUAUUCAAGGAUGGGCAUCACAGGAGGAACAAGGAAUUUGUUGCUCCGCUUCUGUUGUUUGGCCAAAAAUGUGUUAGGCCUCUCUCUGCCAACCGUAGGCUCUCUUCCUUGUCACAUGUGUAUACAAAGGCAAAGCUACCGGGUUAUGGCAUCUUUCAUACUCUCAGUAGAUUCUGCAUUGCUGAGCAGAUCAAAUAUGUAUCAGUAUCAAACUCUUCUCAGAAAUUUGCCACCCACCAGAUGCAUGAGUAGGACUUUGUUUGAGCUCAAAACAGACAAUGGUGUUGUGCGGUUUUCAAUUGGUAAGCCACUUGAUGAAACUGGUUCCUUGACACAAGGGAAGAAGGUGGCCAAACGAGUUAAAAUGUCCAAGAAGGCCAAACUGAAUGAACUACGAUUUUAUCGUCUAAAGGCCAAAAAGAAGAUCAAUUCUCCAAAUCCGGAAGUUAGGAUUAGAUACAAACUUGAAAAGGCAAAACGAAAGGAAGCAUGGUUGAUUGAGAAGUUGAGAAAAUUCCAGGUUCACAAAGCUUCUGCUGAAACACAUGAUCCUGAAAUUUUAACUGAAGAAGAAAAGCAUUAUCUUAAGCGAACUGGUGAGAAAAAGAAGAACUAUGUGCCAGUUGGAAGGCGGGGAGUAUUUGGAGGGGUUGUUUUAAAUAUGCAUCUGCAUUGGAAGAAGCAUGAGACAGUAAAGGUUAUAUGCAAACCUUGUAAGCCAGGACAGGUUCAUGAAUAUGCUGAUGAGCUAGCUCGGCUGAGCAAAGGCAUAGUGAUUGACAUCAAAUCUAAUAAUACUAUAAUUUUCUAUCGGGGGAAGAACUAUGUGCAGCCGGAAGUAAUGUCACCACCGGAUACACUGUCCAAAAAUAAGGCGCUCGAAAAAUAUAGGUAUGAGCAGUCCCUCGAACAUACAAGUCAGUUUAUUGAAAAAUUGGAGAAAGAACUAGAGGAAUAUCACCAGCAUCUUGCUCGGUUUAAGAAAGUAAAAGAGGAUACGACACAAGAUUGUUUGAUGGAUAGAUGAUUGGUAAGGUAUUCUUCAUUUGUCUGGCAAACAUGUGAAUUGAAUCUUUUCUGUAUGCAUGAAUUCAAAUAAAAUGUUGAACAUAUGUAAGGACUACUCAUUACUUGAAUAGUUGAAUCAAACACAUAAAACUUCAGCCUUUUUGGUCGCGGUUAAAUUAGAGCUCUUAAACAUUCCGUGUUGCCAUAGCAAUCUUAUGUUUAGAAGUUCUGGUUUACCAUAAGUAUUGGACUGAAAACUUGUAAUUUUAAACUUUAAAGGUUCGUGUCUUUUCUCCGAAAGGAGGUUUAAACAUUCACACCUUUAAGGUUUAAUAUUAGCAUACAACAAGAGGUAAAAAUCACCUUCAGAGGUUGUCACAAUGUAGAGCAACGUACGUACUAUACCAUUGUAGAAGGGGUCAUAGAUUAUCUGCUGCAAAUUCUUUGAAUAAAAAUACAUUUUCAGCUCUUGUUUUGGUAUGGCAUUAUUCAUUAGCAUGAUUCAGUUUUCUUGGUCUUAUGGUAUAUUAACCUCCUAACGAGUUUUUGACUAAUUAAGUUAAUUCUUUGAGUCUUUUAAGAAGAAAUAUCAUAUUAGACCAUAACAGAAUUGCUUACUCAAUUUAAGUGGACUGCCCUUCACCCUUCAUUUCUUCUGAGCUCAGAUUCACUCACUUGCUAAAAGUGAAAAGCUCUUUUCAGUAAAUUACAGCAACCUUGUCAUAAUUAUCUUCAGUUUAAGAACUAGUUUUGGCAUUGCAUAUAAAAGGAAUAAUUGAUAUUUGAUAGAGAUAACAAUGAUUCUGGAAAUUCUCAAAUAUAUUUAUGCAUGAUUUAUAUCAUAGCUUGGUAUUUAGUUUGUAUGAGAUGAUACAUACAUUGGGCUUGUAAUGAGGUUCUUUAAAAAAGAAUAAAAAAAAUAAAAAUAAAAAUAAAAAAUAAAAAAUAAAAAAUAAAAAAGAAUUUGUCAUUGGUUUUUGUUCAUCUGGUUAAUCGUCUAUAAGUUAAAGUGGUUUCACUUUUGAAAUCUUCAACACCAAAGAAAGAAUGUGCAUGAUCAAUAUAUAAGGUUAGUACUUGUUUUAGAUCUUCUUAACAUAUGAAUGCGUAUAAUUUAAUGGAUCAGUAGGAGCAUCAGGCAUUAGAGGAUCUUCUACUCUAAAUUAUUGUAAUUUUGGUUCAUUUUUCCUUGGUAAAAUUUCAGAGUUAUUAGAGAACUUUUUGAUUCUGUGUUCAUAUGAUUGUCCCUAUUCAAUAAUAAUAAUAGAAAUGCAAAGGUUUCAGCUCAGUAUGCAUACCCAAUAUUCUGCUAAAUUACAUUGUUCAAACAUUAAGUUUGUGCUGCUAUUAUUAAUUGAGUGCACUACAAUGCAGAUUAUUCUUCAUUGAAACUUUUAUUUCAGGUUAAGAUUUUCAACAUCAUCAGUUGGACCAAAUGCAUUAUUCCUUUAGUCAUGUUGUGAAUUUGGGAACACUUGAUGUUUUGAAUGUGUGGGAGUGCUUAUUCUUCUAUGUUUGCAGAAUAUUUUCCUUGACUACAGACACCACACUUUCUGAGUCUUCUACAUUUUAGAAGCUCAUUUCAAUAACCUUUUGACGUUCCAUUUAAUUUCAGUACUUUAUUUAAGCAAGUUUUGACUUAAGUUACUGUGUUAUGUACUCUGCAAUUUAUUAAAUUUACUCGAGUAAUAAAGUUGUUUUCAGUAUUCAUUAUUAGCAUAUAUAUGUACACAAGUUAGUCAAACUUGUAUCAGCUUCAUUUGAGGCAUUUCUGAUAGUCUUCAUG